CGGAACUGCCGAGUCGACGGCGCGUCAUAGACUUGUAGAAAUCCAAUGUGGUACGCACCCACUGCCACUGGUGUGUAAACCGGCCAGUCAGCAAGUUUUCUGCUGCAAUACUUGAUAGAGUAUUUUAUCGCAAUCGCUAAUAUUUAUCGGAUACACUCUUUAGCUCGUAGCGCGACAACCCUAACUCUUUUUAACCAAAAAUUGUGCGCCAUAUGCAUGUUGCAAAUCCUGACCUAUAGUGCAUAUUCUAGUGUGAAUUCCUGCUUAUAAUAUCCCUUUUUGUUUGUGUUGCAUCUUGCUUCUUGUAUUGUAAACCGAUCAUUCCAUGGGGCCCAAAUCGAAAUCCAAGGGAGAGAAAUGCGCAGGCUGCGGAACGAAAAUCGAUGGAAAAGAGCCUGUUGUGGAGGCGAUGAACAAGAAAUAUCAUAAGAACUGCUUCGUCUGCGUCAACUGUCAGAAGCCGGUGGAGAAAGAUUUCCACCCGGUCAACGGAGCGCCCUGGUGUGCGGAGUGUUUUCGGGAAAAGCAUGCGCCGCGCUGUGCCGACUGCGGUGAACCCAUAUCGGAGACGAUCGUUAAGACUGACGAUGGGAGGACAUUUCACGAGGCCUGCUCCAAGAAGCUCAGUCAAGGCACCUGCGAUGGAUGCAAAUCAAUGAUUGCCUAUGAGGAGCCAAUUGUUGAGGCUCUGGGCCAGCGAUUCCAUCGCGACUGCUUUCGCUGUGCGAGCUGUGGCGGCGCAGUGCCGGAGAAGUUCCAUGCGGAGAACGGACGACCGUGGUGCGAUAACUGCUACAACGAGAACUUGGAGCGCAAAUCGCCGGUAUGUGAUGGAUGCAGCAAACCGAUCACCAAAGGCACACGCCUGGAACUGGCCGGUCGCUCGUACCAUGAAGACUGCUUCAGCACGGCCGGAUGGAGCUCGUGUGACGGUUGCGGCAAAACGGUGCUCUUCACUGAGCCGUGCGUCAGAGUGACAGCGCUGAAUCGUUACUGGCAUUUGGGUUGUCUAAAUUGUAACGAAUGCAACACCAACAUCCAGAGUCCGUUUUACUGGCGCAAAGAACAAGCCUGCUGUGAUGCCUGCUACCUGGGCCACAUUGCACCGAAAUGCCAGGGCUGUGCACAACCGAUUCCCAAUCAACAGGUUAAAGCGCUAAACGCCUUCUGGCAUCCGGAAUGCUUCGUCUGCGCCGUUUGCCAUGAAAUGCUGCAUCGCAUGGGCCGUGAAUAUUUCAAUGUCCAGGGCCAGCCGUAUUGCAAGCACGACGUGGAGGCGGCGGGGAUACCGGUUGUCAAUUGAAACUAAUAUAAACUUAUGAUGUAACGCUUUUCUUUCUGUGUACUUAAAUAUAGAGGCUAUGACGGUUAUAUAAAUUAUAUUUUGUAGUCAGCUGCUAAAAUUAGAGACAACUGUAUUUCUGUUGUACGUUAAAGUAAAUAAGCGAGAUAUCGGCAUCAUGUAUACUGCCAUGUUUAUUCGCUUAUCCAGCUGAAAUCUGUAUAUACAAUACUUACAUAUUAUAAGCGGAUAUACGUUUUUCGAUGGCAUAUGUCAUAUUGUUUGCAUUUACGUUUGCAUUUGCAUUUACAGACAUAUACCACUUUUUUUAUAGAAUUUGGCUGGUUGUAUCGGUAUAUGGAUAAUAUGAAUAGUUUUGUUGCAGCGAUUGAAAUGCCUUUCUGACUAUAUCGCAUUAAAACUAUUGUCACUAGAAUAUUAAA